GGGCUUUCAGUGAUUUUUUUUUUUUUUAAUUUCUUGUAAACAUUGUCUGACUGACUCUUGUGCCAUCUAAAAAAACAUGAGCCUGUUGUGCUGUCAGUUUUGCAACAUGUGCCUGCUACACAUUUAACUCAGUCUUGAACUUAAACCUUUAGACCAUAUCAACACCUUGAACACUGGGCUAAAUGGGCUAGUUUACUGCUACGACGACUCAGAUCAGAAGCUCUUGAUUAUAUGACAUGAGAAAUCUAAGUUUUUAUCCAAAAGGUGGUUGGAGAAGCAAUGGUGAACAAAAAAAGUUAAUUUCCUUUUAUGGCCCAAAAUUAUUUAACUACACAAGUGGCAAAAUUUGAAUUUUAACUACUUAAUCACUACACAACUAUGAAUUUAGUUGAACUACCUGCAAACCACUGCAAAAUGUAAAUACUAGUUUAAUUGCAUGCAGUUUGCUACUCCUCGGCACAUAUAAAGGGUCAUACUGUACUUUGGUGGUGCUGCUCUGGACUGUAUUAGAUUUGAAAGGUAUUUCUAAUGUUUUGUCCUCUUGGUCUAAAGACAUGAAAAAGAUUGCAACAUGAAACCGUUCAGCGCUAAGUAUGACCUCGGUAAGAGCUGAAUAAAACUUCUGACAUUGUCAAAAGUUUGACUGGUCUUUUUAAAGGCCAGCGUGGAAUGGACUGUCUUACUAAAGUUUUAGUAAGAUUUUCUGAAAACAUUUCUAGGUUUAUAACUUGACUUAUUGAUGGUUAAGAAAUUGUUUUAUAGACCAGUUGUAAGGCACCGAAAACCUUUAUGGAAACUCCUCCAACAUGACACUUUGUGAACCAAUUAAACCAAAAAUUGUUUGUGAACCACUGCACUAAUGAAUUAGAGGGCUCAUUUGCAAGAGGAGCUAAUGAUGAACAGGAUUUUCCACAACCUGGCAACCCAAGAGAUCUUAUUAAUGGAUUACAUCUGAUCUAUAAAGUAUUAGUAAAUUGUUUAACAAUUACAACCUACAGAAAUUGGGUCUUAAGUUAUAGUAAAGUUGUUAAUUUAUCCCUAUCAUGCACCUAUGCGGGAUUGGUCAGUAACUUCCCAUUGUAAGGUUUAAUAUUGUAAAAACAGGUGUAAAAUUCUAAUUUACGCCUACUCCCCAAACCGGUAAACAACCAUGGGCGUCUAAUCAGUUUAUAUAUCAUUCCACAGGUAGGCUGCCUUUUAUACCGACCUGUAGUCAGCGCUUACCUGAAGCGACUUGUACUUAUUGUGCUUUACAUGCGCUCACAGACAGGCCAAAUUGGUUGGUUGGGGGAGGGGUUUUACAAACAGACCGUGCAGGAAGCGACCUGCGUGUUAACAUUUUGGCAUAAAGACAUAAAAGACCCCAUGCGGUGCUGGAGCUCUGUUCUUCCAAGUAACUGUGGGCUACAAUCAGAUAAUAAAGAGAAACACAAAUUGGGCGUCUAACCCCAGAGAAUUAUUUUUCACAAAACAAGAGCGACCCCCACCCCUCAAGAAACCAGGGUCAAAGUUCACAGGAAGCUGGGGGGCUGCCAUUUUUCCCUGCUGCUGCUGCUGCUAACGUUUAACAUUAGAUGCUAAAACGACGAGGAGGGGCGGUUGGUAUUGGAUUUUGUAGCUAGCUGGUAUCAAGUGCUCGAAAUCGUUAACACAUACUCCGUCAUUUCUCCACCGUUGUCCAUUACAACCAUAGUUAUUGGAUGAAUUCGGUAUGGAGAAAGUAGCGGAGCCGUCUUGGACUUCUUCGUACACCUACCAGGUGAGCAAGCACAGUGCGGAGAUGCUACACAACCUCAACGUUCAGAGGAAAGAUGGAGGCAGGUUCUGCGAUGUGAUCCUCCGCGUCGGCGAGGAGAGCUUUCCUGCCCACAAAGCUGUGUUAGCUGCGUGCAGUGAGUAUUUCGAGUCGGUCUUCAGCCGCCAGGCUGAGGGCGACGGCGACGCUAAGGAGCUGGAGAUGCACACGAUCAGCCCGAAAGUUUUUAAAGACAUCUUGGACUUCGCCUACACCUCCAGGAUCGUGGUGCGACUGGAGUGCUUCCCGGAGUUGAUGACAGCUGCCAAGUUUCUGCUGAUGCGUUCGGUCAUUGAGAUUUGUCAGGAGGUAAUCAAACAGUCCAAUGUUCAAAUCCUCGUCCCGACCUCUCGAGGCGGAGAUGCCAGCCUUUUCCAGGCCACGGGGGCCGCGGAGCUGGGUUUCCCGGUGGCACAGCAGGAUUUGAGGACGGGCGGGGAGUCGUGGGUGCCAAUGUUGGAUCCUGUCGAGGGACUGUCGGUUUCCCCAUCAACGGAAAUAACGGGGAACGCGUUUCAUCCCGACGCUGGCUCCCCGGGGUCAAAGCGGUGCAGGGGGAGACCAAAGAAAGCCAGCGGUGUAGUGGAGGCUGUACACUUUAAUCACAGCACCCAGAAAGACAAUGGACUGUUUCCUUGCGGGACUUGCGGUAAAGCGUUUACAGAAGCUUCCCGCUUGAAGAACCACGAAGCGCAACACGGAGCCUCCACCGGCGGUGUAAACAACGUGGGCGAGGGCCUGUCAACAGCGGGCGCCAUGUCUUUAAUGUCUCAGCCUGGCCUGGUGGAAAACGGUGUGCUGUUACACGGAGGGCUGACACUGGAUAACGGCCGCAAACGAGAGAGGACCAGGCGGCACGUCGGCUGUGACAUUUGCGGGAAAGUUUUCCGCGACGUUUACCACCUGAACCGACACAAGCUCUCCCAUUCCGGAGAGAAGCCGUACGCAUGCCAUGUGUGCGGGCUCCGGUUCAAACGCAAAGACAGGAUGUCAUACCAUGUGCGGUCCCAUGAUGGAUCAGUCGGCAAACCUUAUGUGUGUCAAAGCUGUGGUAAAGGGUUUUCACGACCAGAUCAUCUGAAUGGACAUAUCAAACAAGUUCACACAACAGAGAGACCCCACAAGUGCCAGAUUUGUAAUGCCUCUUUUGCUACAAGAGAUCGGCUCCGGUCACACCUUGCAUGCCACGAGGACAAAAUCCCCUGCAAAGUUUGUGGCAAGUUCCUACGAGCUGCCUACAUGACAGACCACCUCAAGAAACACAGUGAAGGAACCCACAACUACUGUGGUAUUUGCAACAAAGGUUUCUCCACCGCAUCCUACCUUAAGGUGCAUAUAAAGACACACCAUGGCUCUCCACUGCCCCCCUCUGCCACAAUGCACACCUUCCCUGAGCCAAGGGGGGAGCUGCAGAUGCACAACGGCACCCCUUACCACAUGGGACGCCAGUGCUCAGUGGAAGACCUGUGUGCCAGUCGCCAGCUGCUUUUCACCUCAUCUGAGGCAGAGGGUCGCUUUCAUGGGCUCUCUGGACACCGAGUUCUUCCCCAGCCUGGCCCUCCAGCCUUGGGCCUGCAGCCUGAGCUGCUCAUGGGGAAGCCAGGUGGGGGUCCGUAUUUCUGGGAGUGUCGCUCUGAUGGGGUGCCUGGCUUCCCCGUCCUUGGGCUUGUCGCAGACGGGCGAGAAAACGUUGGGAAAUGUCCUCAUCUGGAGUCAGAAGAAUCCGAUCCUUCAUUUGGGGAGUUGCCUAACGGUGACGAGCUUAAAUCUCCACCCAAACCUGACGGGCCAGAGCUCGAGAUGCCCUCUCUAGCGUGUAAUGGAGCCUCUGUGGGAGCCUUGGGAUCCCCAGAGGGUUCCAAAGCCAAGACGGACCCUGAGAAGAAGUUUACCUGUGGGAUCUGUGGUCAGGCCUUCCGCACCAAGUCCUACCUCAACAAGCACCAGCACAGAGUUCACAAAGCCCAGAAGGCCCAGGGGGUUUCAGGGUCUGUCUUAAGUGAGCUGGCCCCAUCCCUGACUUCUCCCUUCUCCCCUCAACAAAACAUGUCUUUGCUUGAAUCCUUUGGCUUUCAGAUUGUCCAGUCUGCUUUUGCAUCUUCACUGGUGGAUGCUGAGGCAGGUCAAAGUGGAAUUGACUUCGGAGGGAAGUGACAUAUUUAAUAGAAUUCUUACAAAACUUCUCCUUCGCUGGACAAACCCGGGUCAUCCACAGAGGAUGUUCUUUAUUUGGGAAUAAUAUUGCCUCAAGACUACUUCUUCUGUUUGUUACUUUACUUCAUGUGUAUCCAGUAUUUUUGUCAGAAACUGCCAUAAGUUUCCUACUUUUUUCAAAAAUUUCAGAGUAUGAAAAUUGUGUGUGGUCUUUAAAUUGUCUUUAGAAUGAAAUGACAUGAAAGGUUGAAGUUGUGUUUGGCAGGCUUUCAGUUUUUGACUUGUGUUCUUGAGCUUUCUUAGGUGCACAUACAGUAUGUUCUUGACAUGAGAUGAAUUAUUUGCUGCAAUGAGUAAUUUGUUGUCUGUUAAGCCACUGACUGCUCUGAUGUACUUGGUAAAUCAACCCUUGGCCAUUACAAUAAUUGUAAUGCUUCAUAUUCCUUAUUCCCCUGAAGGCUGUAAAUGUCUUUAGCUCAGAGCAACACGAGGGCUGAGUUCUCUUGUUCUCUGCUUUUGUUUUGUUCUUGAGGACAGUGAUUUAAUCUGGCCUCCAUUUUGAAGCAGGUUUUGCUUGGAAUCUGGUCAUUUUGAAUAACUCAUUACAUUCAUUACAUUCCUAACAGGCCCAUGGCAUAUUUCAGUACACAUUUAUUAGCAUUUAUAAGCAACAGCUCUAUACAAAAAAACAGUUUAAAGGCCACUGUUGAUAGGUUUGCAGUUGAUAACAGAUGGUUCUGAAGCACUUUUUUAAAAGCUUUAACUUUUAAAUCAGAAUUUUUACUGUGUGCACACAAAGCUCAUUUGGCACUAAAAGAAUCUGACAUUUUUUAAAUUGAGCUACCUCAUAAAAUAAUACUAUAAUGCUUUGUUUAUUGUAGCUUUAGAGAAUAGGAAGUCAUAUUAAAUUAACAGAGUAUUUAUUUCCAUAGUAGCGCCACCGCUUUUUUUUUUUUUUUUUUUUUUGGCAGUGGUGGAAGAAGUACUCACUUCUCAUACUUAAGUAAAAGUAACAAUAGUGUAAAAAUGCAAGUCAAAGUCCUGCCCUCAAAAUGUUAAAGUACAAAAGUAUCAACAUCAAAACAUACUUAAAGUACUCAAUAAUGCAGAAUGGCACAUUUAACAUUAAUGUAGAUCAUAUGAUUUGAUAAGUACUGGUGCAUUAUUUUUGUUCAUUACAUUUAAUGCUGUAGCCAGUAAAGGUGGAGUUAGUUUUAACCAGCAUAUAUCCUCAUAAUUUGAAGUACUGCUAGGUGAAUUUUCCACCAGAGAGCAAUAGUCAUGUCAUUUUUUGUAUUAAUGUGGUUGU